CAUAAAAACGCCAUCUUCCCAUCAUCAACAUCCAUAAAACAUACACUGUCUAAAAUGACCAACGGAACCCCCUACUUCCUUGAUGCCAACAAAGCCCAAGGGCUGGCAAACUACCCCCAUGCACGAAUUGCCCCCUCUUCCUACCGCACCAUCUACGUGUCGGGUACAUCUUCCCGCCGUGGGGACGGAACCUGGGAUGGCGUGACGGAAAACGCAGACGGAAGUUUCAAUUUGGACAUUCGCCAGCAAACUGCUGCCGUACUACGGAAUAUCGACACGAUCAUCCACGGCGCGACCGAGGGAAAAGGCGGGUUGCAGAAUGUGGUGGAUGCGACGGUGUUUCUGAUUGAUCUGGAGGAGAAUUAUGCGGGGAUGAAUGAGGAGUGGAAUCGGGUGUGGCCUGAUCGAAAGGAUGCACCGGCCAGAACGACAAUUGGCGUCAAGGAGUUGCCAAAUGUGAGACUGUUGGUGGAGAUUAAAUGUACAGCUGUGUGUGAGAUGUAAUUAUAUUGAAUUGAAUCAACGUCUGGAAUAGACAUUUCAUUUCCGCAUUCCCUUAUCUUCGGGGGCCCUCGAUGCUUUCAUUCCUGCAAGAAAUAUCAAGCCUUUGGACCAGCCA